UUUAAGAAAUGAUCUGAUUGAACAAUAGUUCCAAGAAUCUUGAAGAUGUCAGAAGAAGGAGAUGUAAUAUCUCAAGGUGAUGAGGAGCUGUUGAAAGAACUGAAAACUGGACAAACUUUUUAUUUAAAGUAUCUUGGGUCGGUGCAGGUUUUCGAAUCGUUAACGAAAAAAAGACCUGAGGAAAGGGAUAACUGGACAAGGCAUUGUAUGUAUCGCAUUUGCCAUCAGCUUGGUAUAUGUAAAGAAAAUUCGAUGCCUGAUGAACUACUCCUUGAAAAAUUAGGAGAAGUAAAGGUUGAAGACAAAGAUGUAGAACUAAAUGUGGCAUUGCAUGCUUUUAUUAUUCUGGAUAAAGAGGGUAUACGGAUUUUGGAACGGCAUCCCAUACAUGUUAUUUCAUAUGCUUCAUCCGGUACAGAGGAAUAUACCAAAGGAGUAUUUUGUUUUGUGUCACACGUUCAAGAACUUGGAAGACGAUGCUUGGUUUUUAUGGAACCUGAUAAGAAUGUUGAUUUUAUUAUGGAAACUAUCCUUCAGAUAUUCCGGCUAAAUAGCAAAGGACAUGGCCGUAAGUUAAGCACGACAAUAGCGGGAUCCCCAGAGUCAAGUACGAAUCAUGAUCACCAAACUUCUAUGAACGUAUGUAAUUUGCCAGCUACCGUGGGUCUUGACAGACAACCUUGGUAUCAUGGUGAAAUGGAACGAGCUACUGCUGAAUCUAUGCUACGACAUGAAGGUGAUUUUUUGGUUCGUAUUAGCCCAAACACUGCCAAUAAUUUCGUGCUUUCUGGAAUCGCGAAUUCGGUUGCGAAGCAUUUCUUAUUGCUAGAUGAAAAUGAUCAGAAGGUGCGCAAGCAACAACAGGUAUUCGAAACAAUUGUUCAACUGAUUGAGUACCAUCGAGGGGAGAAUGUGCCAAUUAUCUCGGAAGGCAGUGAAUUGCAUUUGAUCCGUCCUAUUGUAAGGUUUGCCGGAGCAUUACCGCGCCGAUAGAUAGAACGAACAGAGCAACAAGAAAUAUGAUUGCAUGAGCUUAUGUGUGUGACCAUCGAAAUAUGUAUGACGACAAUUUGAGGUAUCUAUUAGAAAAUUUGAAAAGAGAAGAGAGGAGGAGGGAAGAGGAGGCUGC